AUGAAGAAAUCCUGGGUGCAAACAACAGAAAAUACUCCCCUUAACAUUUCAUUACCCACCGUGAAAAAUGAAGAGAUUCCCGUGGAGAAGAAUCUCAAUUCGACAGACUCAACAUCACCCAGGCGGAUGACGAACUCACUAAAGUUCUCUGAUAUCACAAAAGUUGAUGAUAAGAUCAGCAAAGUGGAGAGUAAUGUGGCUGGGUUUCAGAACCACCGAUAUAAAAGCACAUACAUCGGCAAUAUCACCAAAUCAGAAGUGAUUAAAGUGAAUUCCAAACUGGCAAAAUCAAAGUCCAAGAAGCGCAAUCACACAUACGAGCCUGUCGAAGGAGAGCUGCCUCGCUACAGCUUGGGUCCAGGCGUGAAGCUGAGCAUCGACAUGCCACGAGAGAUUGUCAACGUGAAUCUUGAUGAGGACUACUUGAGGGACAUUUUUGCAGCGAGCUCCAUAACAGCCGGAAAUCCUUUGUUCGCAGGUCGUGGAAAGCGUCUGCAGCUGAUUGCCAAAAUCAUCCCUCUCUUCAUAUUGCCCUUCCUGGUCCAGUCGGCCAUUCUGCCCUUCAUGGUGUCGACCCUGAAACUCCUUCUCAUAAAAUCCAUCGUCGUGGGAAAGAUUGCCAUCCUUCUGCUCAUCCUCUCCGCCUUCAAGAACUACCACAGACAUCACGCAGCCUACGAAGUGCCCUACUACAAUAUUGUGGAGCCGCCAAGUCGGAGAUCCGAGCUGCCGUUCUAUGGAUACAAAGUUGAUGGACAGACAGGGUGGGUCAAUUGA